AUGUCAACCACUGACAUGAUCAGCACCACCCUGGACAGUGGGGAACAAAUUGUCAAUCACAACCUGGGAUCACAUCACGAAUUUUUCUAUAAAAACUGUCUAUGCAGGUUAAACUUUGUUUUCCUUCUUUGGAUCUCAAUGACAUUCGUGUGCUCGGGUUACCCCGUUGGCCCUUCCAAGAGCAACAAUCCUUUUUAUUUGAAUUGCCAGCUGUAUGGAAAAUCUGAUUAUUGCCUGCUCCUGCUGAACAGCUGCUUAGCCAAGGUGGGCAGGGAUGAAGAACUGGCUCUUUUAAAGCCUCACCUGGAGACACCUCUCGACAAAAGGUCCUUUCGCAACGGCGUGGGAUCGGGAAUUAAAAAAACUUCCUUUCGAAGAGCAAAGUCAUGAACAAGUGCCCCCAGCCACGGCCCCCAUUUUGACAUCUGAUGUUUAACUUUGUGCUUAAAGAGUUAUUUUGAUGCUUUUCUAGGAUCAGACCAGCCCGUGUCCUCAGCAUGUAACCGGGUGUUUGUUCCCGAGCGCUCGAGCCGAGCGGAGCAGAUGGGAUUGCUCGGAACGGGCUUUGUUCUCCAAGUUACAGUGUCA